UUUGAAGGGAAUAUAAUAAUGAGCUGAAUAAGGUCUGACUGAGUAUUUUGGAGUGAUACGUCAGUUUACAUUGAUAAGUAACGUACAAAUAAUGAUAUGUGCUUGUACUGUAGAAUGCUGCCGCUGAAGUGUUUUCUGUGAGUUCUUUGUAUAUCUAAAAAAUAUAGAUAUGUCAUCGAAUAUACUGACUAGGCUAGUAGAGCGUAAAAAAAGAGAAAAGGAAGUUACGUCAAAUAUAAUUCUGAAUGAAUAUUCCAAAUCUUCUGAUGAGAUCAUUGUGGUUAACACCAUGUGAAAUACUGACUUGCUACAGCUGUCUUUGGGGCAUUGACUGUGGAUCAUCUGGAAGGAUUAUGGCAAAGAAAAUAUGCCCGUGUUCUAUUUUCUGCUCCAGAUCAACUGUGUUUACUGUGGUUCUGGGAGCAGUGUUUGUUUUGCUGGCUUCUAGUCGUAUCCUUCUCAUGAAGUUCUCAGCUAAUGAAGAGAACAAGUAUGAGUACCAGCCUGCCACAGUGAAUCUAUGUGCAGAAGCCGUGAAGCUGGUUGUUUGUGCAGUACUGGCCGUGAGGGUCAUGAUACAGGAGAGUCGUUCGUACAAAGACUGCCGAUGCACUUCCUGGAAAGACUUCCUCAGUUACUUGAAAUGGGCAGUACCUGCCUUUCUAUACUUUCUUGAUAAUUUAAUUAUCUUUUAUGUUCUGUCUUAUUUCCAGCCUGCUAUGGCUACAUUGUUCUCCAAUUUUGUCAUCAUCACCACAGCAAUGCUAUUCAGAAUAGUGCUUAAGAGACGUUUGUCAUGGGUACAGUGGGCAUCUCUUCUGAUUCUGUUUUUGUCCAUAGUGUCCUUAAACAUGGGGACAGAUGGCACACAGCACUCCAUACCAGCACAUAGCUUGAUUCACAUUGCCUCUCAUAGUCCUUCCAACAGUUGUUCUCAUUUCCUACAGACGGAAGAGCACUUUGCAGCAGGCGUCAACACUAGUGCAAAACCUUUUCCAGUCUUAAACUGGAACCCAGAAUCUUUGAAGAAAAUUCAUCUUAGCCUUGGCCAUCUCUUAAUCAUUGUUCAGUGUUUUAUAGCCUCUAUGGCCAAUAUAUACAGUGAAAAAAUAUUUAAGGAAGGAGAACAGCUCACAGAAAGUAUAUUCAUACAGAACUUCAAACUCUACCUUUUUGGAGUUUUAUUUAAUGGAUUGACUUUGACACUCCGUCACGAGUACCACAGUCAGAUCUUGAGCUGUGGCUUUUUUUAUGGCCACAAUGUAUUUUCAAUUUCCCUAAUUUUUGUAACUGCAUUCCUUGGGCUUUCUGUGGCAUUUAUGUUGAAAUUCCGAGAUAAUAUGUUUCAUGUGCUUACUGCACAAAUCACAACUGUUAUCAUUACAACAGUGUCCAUCUUUAUGUUUGAGUUUAAGCCUACCAUGGAAUUCUUCUUGGAAGCUCCUGUAGUUCUGUUGUCUAUAUUUAUUUAUAACCGCACCAAGGUCCGGGACCCAGAGUUUGCUCUGCAGAAAGCAAAGUUAAAGGUUCUUAAUGGAGAAAUUUUGGAAAGAUCCAGUGGGGAUGGAGAGGAACUAGAGAGACUUACUAAAGCAAAUGCAGACACAGAAACAGAUGAUGAUUCCCUAUAGAGCAUGAAGAGAUGAAUAGAAAUGGUUGCUAACAGGACGCUGUUUACCUUUAACCAUAUUUCAGCACUGUGGCUUGCUUGCCUUAGAGCAGAUGAUUUGCCCACUUUGGAAACUGACCUCCUUUCCUUGAAGUAGCUCUCAGGACAUGCUGUUUCCAUGCAAAAUGAGUUACAAGCACCACCGAUGUUUAUUUAAAACUGGAAAUGUUUGUGCAAAAUGUGUACAAAGUCCCACACAUUUCCAGGUGUACAGUGCAGUCUUUGGUUUCAUUUGAUUAAUAUCUGGUUACACUGAGGCUGUACUAGAUUUCAGGAGUACUCCACCAAAAGAAAAUAAAGGUCAGAAUUUGGAAAAGUGUAAAGAAUACAGUCAGUGUGACUGUUUUAUACAGCAGUGCAUUUUAGCAGUUUUUUGGCUUGCAACUUGUGUGCAAACACCUUGUUGAAAAAAGACAUAGAGGUAUACUCCUUACCACACAACAGUUGCCUGACUGUAAUGAUAGUGUAUUAUGUAAAUCACUUAUUCCGGUGAAAAAGAUCACACAGAUUUUUUGGUACCUGAACUUGGUAAUCAUGUUUCUUGCAGAUGUGUUGUCUAGUAAACUGAAAAAAAGCAUUGGAGUAUGUCUUACAGCUUCUGUUAAAAGUUAACACAAGAAAACUUGAAAGAACUGGUGAAUUGAUAUAAGUAUUAAACAUAGCAUAGUGAACAAACAUACCUGAGCAAGUUUUAAGUUGUACCUUAACUGUACAAAGUAAAGAACAUUUGCACUUGUAUUAUCAGUUUCAUGUAGCCAUUUACUGGGGUGUCUUCGAGCAGUGAUAGUUAUUUCAUCCAUUAAGUUGUACUGAACUGUGGAGCUUCUGACUUCUUAUGACCACUAAAAUGGUCUGACUUUGGUACAUUGUCCUUCAGGGUAUGGUUGUCAGUUUCGAGGCUGCUUCAUACAUACCUGUGAUGCUGUGGUGUUCCUAUUAAAAAUGAAGCUGGUGCCUAGUCACUUCAUUUAUAUUUGUAGGUUUGAAUAUGGGCAGAGUAUAAUGCCUUUUAUACACUGACUUUUUCUAUUUUGUUUUCACCAUUUUUAUGAUGAUGUUCUGGUCAUAGUUUUAAUCACUCUUUCCUGUUGUGUUACUGUUGCCUGGUAAAUAGGUAUCCUAAAUCAAAAUGUGAUUCACAGAAAAGGGAAGCCUUCAGUGUUGGUGGUCCAAAUUACUGACUUGGGCUUACAAGGCAUGGUACCAUAUAUAGUAUUCUGCAUAAGUGUCAGUAUUUACAAGUUGAAAUAAAAACAUUAUAUACAUAGCCUGUUCCCCAGAUGACAUUGGCACAGCAUAUCCUUUUGUACUUCAGUUCUGCUUUAUGAAACGCUCUGCAUAAAAUUGCACACCUUGGAAUGAUUAGUUAUCAGCUCCUAUUUUUAUUAAUAUUUUCUGGUAUACUCCAAGCUGUAUAGUUCAUAAAAUAAUUAUGCACAUAGUGUAGAGUACAAAACAUUCUGUCAUGAAAGCCCUAAGUAGUUUUAACGUUAUGUUGUCACAAAUGGUCUUGAUUUGGUAUUAUGUAGAACCUAAGUCAAAGAACAUUUACCAGAAAGUGAAACCGUCAGUAUCUGGGUCCUGUUUGUAGUUUCUAGUGUUUCUUCGGUUCAGAAAUAAACUUGUGUAAAGAUGUGUU